AUGUUUCGUCUAAGUAGUGGGAAAGCCCUUGCAAGAUCUGCCAACUUAGUUGCUAGACGUACCUACGCCGAAGCCACUGGCGACUUUUUGAAGCUCCAAUUUACAUUGCCUCAUGAAACACUUUUCGCAGGGUCCCAGGUCACUCAGGUCAACUUGCCAGCCCAAUCUGGCCAAGUCGGUAUCUUGGCCAACCACGUGCCAACCGUGGAACAGCUAUCGCCAGGUGUGGUAGAGGUUUUCGAGGGCGGUUCGUCAAAGAAGUACUUUGUUUCUGGCGGUUUUGCCACGGUCCAACCAGAUUCAACACUUUCCGUGAACUCGGUGGAGGCUUUCCCUUUGGAAUCGUUCUCCCUUGAAAAUGUGAGGUCUUUGGUUUCUGAGGCGAACAAGAACACUUCGUCCUCCGAUGAGAAAGUUGCUGCCGAGGCCGCUAUUCAACUAGAAGUAUUGGAGAUCUUGCAAGGUGCUUUGAAAUAA